AUUUACAUAAAUGGAGAAAAAGAUUUCAUUUGGAUUCAGUAAAUUGACAAAAAAACCUAAUAUUUUCGUGAAACCAGAAGAAAAACCUGUGGAAUUAAUAGAUUGUCUAGAAGGGCAUGCAAUUAAAAUAAAGGGUUUUGUUGAGAAAGUUCACGAGCCUUUGGUAAUUCCUAUUAAAGGUACGAGAAAUAAUAUCAUUCAUCAGUUGAGUGAAAAGAAAAAAAAUGUAGUUAGUCAACAGGAAGAUAAGGGGGUGACUUCUGAAUUAACUGAAGAUGAAUUGGCAGCCAGGGAGCUUGUUAAUGAUGCAAAGAAGCGUUUGCUUCAAAAUGACUCGUCAGGGGAUAAAGGUUUGGAACUUCCUUUAAAAGAAAACAGAGAAUCCUUUGAAGGGGAAGCAGAAUCCACGUUGAAUGAUUAUGAAAUGAUACCCAUAAGUGAAUAUGGCAUGGCAAUGCUGAGGGGGAUGGGAUGGAAGGAAGGAAAACCAAUUGGGAAAAAUACCUCGAAACCUUCUGCUACAAAUAUUCCCGAAGUAAGACCAAAAGGAUUAGGCCUAGGAGCAUCAAAAAUAAUCCAGUCAGCUGUUUCAAAAAAUAAAGCAGUUGACAAGGACAAUGAGAAAUUAGUCAUUGUGAAGGGUGCAUUUGCUAAAGUUGUGGCUGGCAUUUACAAAGGGAAUUAUUGUGAAGUUCAAGGAUUUGAUGAUGAAGCAGGGCGUGCAAUUGUCAAACUUUAUCCAAAGGGCGAGAUAGCAAACAUUAAUGAACUGUUGUUGACUCCUAUAAGUAAAGAUGACUUCAAAAAAGGAUCAAGAGUUAUAAACAAUGCAAAAUAUGAAGAGUACAAGGAAUUAUCAGACUCGCGGAACAAUGGGAAACAUAGAUCAAGUGGAAGUCACAACAGUAAUAGAAAUUCAACUAUUUACAAUAGCAGCUAUAAAUCUAGGCGAGAUUCCAACUCUUGCAGUGAUGGCGAUGAGAAGAGGUCAGCUAAAAACAGAGAAAAACAGCAAGAUCAAAAAAAUUAUGAUAGCGAAUCUGAUGAGGAAUACGGACAACACAAAAAUAAAAAAUCGAGCUACAAUAAAUAUAAGGAGAAAGAGAAGACAAAAAAGAAUAAAUGUAAAUCAAGGCAUCGAAGAAGCAAUAGCAGUGAUGAUCAGAGAUGCAGGAGUAGAAGAUAAUAUAUAAACAUUAUUUUAUUUGAAAUGUUUUUCUAUAGUUUUUAAAUUACACAUUUUAAAAUUAUUGAGAAUCUGUACUUCCACUUAAUUGUCAAUCUUAAAUAUAAACAAUCCUUUAAGAGUCCCUUAAGUGACA